AUCGACGGGCGCUUGGAGGAGCUGUACCACGGCAGGGAGGCAGAUAUGCCUGAUGAGGUCAACAUUGAUGAACUGUUGGAGUUGGAGAGUGACGAGGAGAGAAGGCAGAAAAUCCAGGGGCUCCUGAGGUCAUGCACGGACCCCACAGAGGACUUCGUCCAGGAGCUGCUGGCCAAACUUCGGGGCCUCCACAAGCAGCCAGGCCUCCACCAGCCCAGCCCCUCCGACGACGACAGCCUGAGCCCCCGAUAGGACCGGGUGGGAUGGCGCCUCUGACCGCUGUGACCCUUGGCUCUCCCCAGCCCUGGCCUGUGUAUGUGUUGUAUUUAAUGAUCUGUAACAGUGACCUGCGUGCCUAGUUUUCCUGUCCACGGUCACCUGGGCCCUCAGCCCCCAGCCUCCCUCUCCUCCUGCAUUUCCAGCAGAUGGAGAACCCCUCCUCCUCCUCCUGCACUUCUGCCAGCAGGAGCGUGAGAACUGCCCUGCUGACCCCGAGGCGGCCACCUCGGGUGGGACUCACAUCCUGUCCCCCUCCCCCGGCUGGGUCCAGCUGCCGCCAGCAGGACCUUGUAGGCAGCAGCCUCCUUGGGCUGGACGCAGUGCAGUGCACGCCAUCCCGUGUGGCCCAGGCCUCCACAACACUGCAGACAUGAAGUGAUCAGGCUGCCAUCGUGUCCUUGGCGUGGCUGUUGGAAUUGAGGCCACGAACGGGAGCAGAAAGGAGCACUUUAGAGCCGGCACUCUGGCGGAGAAGGGGUCACCGGAGGACUUGGCCAGGUGUGCUGACGGCACAAGGGACCUGGGAGGUGCCAGGAGCCCUUCCCUCUGGGGUGGUGAACAAUGUGGGAGGCCUCCUUCAGGAAGCCGUGAGGUGUGGCUCUGGAGGAUGCUUUGGCAUUUGGGUCCGGUUCCCCCAUUAGGAUGGACGUGGACAGCACCCCCGAGCUGGGUUAGGAGGUCUGGAGUGCCAAGAGUUGAAUAAUGUGUCCGUGCUGGGCGACCUUGAGGAGAGCUGGGCUCAGCUCAGCAGGAUAGUGGCUGCUUAACACUUUCUAACAGCAGGCCGGUGGUGCCCAGACCCCAGCGUGCCGUCGGGAGAAAGGGGCUGUCUGUCUGUCUACUCAAGUGCCCAGGCGCCCGAGCUGGGCAGGAAAGGAGAGUGAGGGGCGGCCUGCAGAGCCGGCCGGCAUCCCUGUGCAGAGCGAGUCCACUUGUUGCCUCCCAUCACAGGGGCCGCGUCCUAAACCCCGGCGUGGGCCAGGAAACACUACUUCCCCGUCCCAGAACCUGGUUUUGGUUCCUCCUUGCUUGGAAGGUUGAGCCCAGUCCUGAAGCGCGGUGCACUGGGCUUCCGGAAAAUGGAACUUCACAGAUGAGGAAACGGAGGUCCAGUUCGGUGAUGUGCCUGCCUGAAGUCACACAGCUGGGAAAGGGCGGUGCUGGGCUUCAGUCCCGGAUGUCAUGACUACAGAGCCCAACUAUUUAACUCCCACAAGAUGGGCGCACCAAAGCAGGGCUUAUUUUUAGUGGUGUGAGCAGAUUGGCUAACUCGUACUGAGGUGUUAGUGACUGCUCACAGCCCUCAAAGGCAGCCUGUCCAAAAAGGAAUAAAAGUGACUGAGAACAAGGCUACAGCAAAGGGACGGGGAGGGCCGGGGAUUUAGCUCAGAGGUUCCACCACCUGCCUCGCAAGCAUAAGGACCCGAGUUCAAUCCCCAGUACCAAAAAAAAAAACGGGGGGUGGGAAACAGCAUACCAUAAGGGUUAAGAGGAUAGCUGGCCAGCCCUCAGGAGGCUGAGGCAGGGAGAUUGCCAUGAGUUUGAGGCCAGCCUGGACUACAUAGGG